GACCUGCCCACGCGCGACGUGCUGCGCCCCUACCCCCCCGCGCUCGGUGCCUCUGUGGGAAACAUCCUGCCCACCACGUACUUCGCGGUCACUCCAAAAAUCGGCAUGGGCAAGCCGGCCAUCACCAAGAGAAAGUUCUCUCCGGGCAGACCUCGGUCCAAACAGGGGGCUUGGAGUACCCAUAACACAGUGAGCCCGCCUUCCUGGUCCCCAGACAUUUCAGAAGGUCGGGACAUUUUUAAACCCAGGCAGCUUCCUGGCAGUGCCAUUUGGAGCAUCAAAGUGGGCCGAGGGUCGGGGUUCCCAGGGAAGCGGAGGCCUCGCGGUGCAGGACUGUCGGGCCGGGGCGGCAGAGGCAGGUCCAAGCUGAAAAGCGGAAUGGGGGCUGUCGUGCUGCCCGGGGUGUCCGCGGCCGAUGCCUCGUCGAGCAGGGACGAAGACGAGAACUCCAUGCACAACACGGUGGUCCUGUUCUCCAGCAGCGACAAGUUCACUCUGCAUCAGGACAUGUGCGUGGUCUGCGGCAGCUUCGGCCAAGGCGCGGAGGGAAGGUUGCUGGCCUGCUCCCAGUGCGGGCAAUGCUACCAUCCAUACUGCGUCAGUAUUAAGAUCACUAAAGUGGUUCUCAGCAAAGGUUGGCGGUGUCUCGAGUGCACCGUGUGUGAGGCCUGCGGGAAGGCGACGGACCCUGGGAGACUCCUGCUGUGCGAUGACUGCGACAUCAGUUAUCACACCUACUGCCUCGACCCUCCCUUGCAGACGGUUCCCAAAGGAGGCUGGAAGUGCAAAUGGUGCGUUUGGUGCCGACACUGCGGCGCCACGUCCGCGGGCCUGAGGUGCGAGUGGCAGAACAACUACACGCAGUGCGCGCCCUGUGCCAGCCUGUCUUCCUGCCCCGUCUGCUGCCGGAACUACCGGGAGGAAGACCUCAUCCUGCAGUGCCGGCAGUGCGACAGAUGGAUGCACGCCGCCUGCCAGAACUUGAACGCCGAAGAGGAUGUAGAGGGCGCGGCCGACUCUGGCUUUGACUGUAGCAUGUGCAGACCCUACGUGCCCACAUCCAACGUGCCUUCCUCAGACUGCUGCGACUCCUCCCUCGUAGCACAGAUCGUCACAAAAGUGAAGGAGCUAGACCCACCCAAGACCUACACCCAGGACGGGGUGUGCCUGACCGAAUCAGGGAUGACGCAGUUACAGAGCCUCAUAGCUACAGCUCCAAGAAGAAAACGGUCAAAGCCAAAGUUGAAGUUGAGGAUUAUAAACCAGAACAGCGUGGCCGUCCUGCAGACCCCCCCAGACAUCCAGUCCGAGCACUCACGGGACGGCGAAAUGGAUGACAGUCGAGAAGGAGAGCUCAUGGACUGUGAUGCGAAGUCAGAAUCUAGUCCGGAGCGGGAAGCUGCGGAUGACGACGCCAAGGGCAUGGAAGGGACCGAGGGCGUCAAAAAGAGGAAACGGAAACCGUACAGACCAGGUAUUGGUGGAUUUAUGGUACGGCAACGAAGUCGGACCGGGCAAGGAAAAACCAAAAGAUCGGUGAUGAGGAAAGAUUCCUCGGGCUCUGUUUCGGAGCAGUUGCCUAGCAGAGAGGACGGCUGGGGCGAGCCGCUGCCCGACGCUCUGGCUGAUGACUCCGUUUCUGUGGCUGAAAACACUGAGAAGAUAAAGAAGAGAUACCGGAAAAGGAAAAACAAGCUCGAGGAAAGCUUCCCUGCCUACUUGCAGGAAGCUUUCUUUGGAAAAGAUCUUCUAGAUACAAGUAGACAAAACAAGCUAAAUUUAGAUAAUCUAUCAGAAGACACAGCUCAGCUUUCAUAUAAAACAAGCGUGAACACACAUUUCUUGGAUCCUUCCUUAGAUCCACUACUUAGUUCAUCCUCAACUCCUGCAAAACCUGGAGCUCACGGUACUGCUGACGACCCCUUAGCUGAUAUAUCCGAAGUCUUAAACACAGAGGAUGACAUUCUUGGAAUAAUUUCAGAUGACCUUGCAAAAUCAGUUGAUCAUUCAGGUCUUGAUUUAUGCACUUUCCAGGUUGACAGCUCACCUUUUCCGUUUGCCGGAAUAGAUAUUGGCCCAGUCGCCGACGACCCUUCCUCUGUGCCUCAGCCAAGUGUCAGUCAGAGUUCACGACCGUUAAGUGAGGAGCAGCUGGAUGGAAUCCUUAGUCCUGAGCUAGACAAAAUGGUCACAGAUGGUAAACUAUUUGCCCUACAGCUAGGCUUUCUAAAAGACAUGAGAGCAAUUCUUGGAAAGUUAUAUAAAAUUCCAGAGCUGGGAGGAAAGGAUGUUGAGGACUUGUUUACUGCUGUGCUCAGUCCUGUGACCGCCCAGCCGACUCCAUUGCCACAACCUCCCCCUCCCCCUCCCCCUGCACCACAGCUGAUGCCCCUACACAAUCAGGAUGUUUUUUCACGGAUGCCACUCAUGAACGGCCUUAUUGGACCCAGUCCUCACCUCCCGCACAACUCUCUGCCUCCUGGAGGUGGGCUGGGGACUUUCUCCUCCAUAGCACAGUCCCCUUACACCGACGCCAGGGAUAAGAAUCCAGCAUUUAAUCCAAUGGCCGGUGACCCUAACAGCUCUUGGACGUCCUCGGCUCCCCCUGUGGAAGGGGAGAGCGACACGAUGUCCAGCGCCCAGAGGAGCACUCUCAAGUGGGAGAAGGAGGAGGCCCUGGGGGAGAUGGCCACGGUCGCGCCGGUUCUCUACACCAACAUGAACUUCCCUAGCCUGAAGGACGAGUUCCCUGACUGGACGACUCGAGUGAAGCAGAUCGCCAAGCUGUGGAGGAAAGCAAGUUCCCAGGAAAGAGCACCAUACGUGCAAAAAGCCAGAGACAACAGGGCUGCGUUGCGCAUUAACAAAGUGCAGAUGUCAAACGACUCCCUGAAAAGGCAGCAGCAGCCAGACAGUGGCGACCCCGGCUCCCGCCUCGACUCGGAUCUCUUUAAGGAUCCGCUAAAGCAGAGAGAGUCGGAGCAUGAACAGGAAUGGAAAUUUAGACAGCAAAUGCGCCAGAAGAGCAAGCAGCAGGCCAAGAUUGAGGCCUCACAGAAGCUGGAGCAGGUGAAGUGUGAGCAGCAGCAGCAGCAGCAGCAACAGCAGCAACUUGGCUCACAGCCCCCUGUGGCGCCAUCUGGUUCGGACACGCCCAGCAGUGGCAUUCAGAGCCCCCUGACCCCGCAGCCUGGCCCUGGAAGCAUGUCUCCUGCACAGUCAUUCCAUAAAGACCUGUUUACAAAGCAGCUGCCUGGCACCCCGACCUCCACCCCAGCGGACGAUGUGUUUGUGAAGCCACAGGCUCCACCACCUCCUGCCACCCCCUCUCGGGGUCCCCUCCCGGAGAGCCCCUCUCAGUCUCAGCCACCUUCGCCGCAGGUAUUCUCACCUGGAUCUUCUAACUCCCGGCCACCGUCUCCAAUGGAUCCUUACGCAAAAAUGGUUGGUACCCCGAGACCACCUCCUGGAGGCCACAGCUUUUCCAGAAGGAACUCGACAAUGGUGGAAAGCUGUGCAUCUUUAUCGUCAGGACCCAGGCCCCCUCAGAUGAGCGAGAGUGCGGUCAACAGGCCAUCCCCCGUCCGAGAUUUCUCCUCUUCCUCCUCGACAAGUAGCGACCCCUAUGCAAAGCCUCCGGACACACCCAGGCCUGUGACGACAGACCCGUUCCCCAAACCCUUGGGCCUGCCCCGGGCUCCUGUAGUUCAAGAACAAAAUGCAAAAGGGCCCCUCACAGCUGGAGCCAGUGAUCACUUCGCGAAACCAUCUCCCAGGGCAGAUGUGUUUCAGAGACAGCGGGUCCCUGAUGCCUAUGCACGGCCCUUGUUGACUCCUGCACCCCUCGAUAGUGGUCUUGGACCAUUUAAGACCCCGAUGCAGCCACCUCCAUCUUCCCAGGACCCUUAUGGAUCAGUGUCGCAGGCACCACGGCGGCUGCCCAUCGACCCUUAUGAAAGGCCUCCUCUGACACCAAGACCUGCAGACAACUUUUCUCAUAACCAGUCCAGCGAUCCAUACAGCCAGCCUCCCCUCACCCCACACCCCGUGAUGAGCGAGCCUUUCGCGCAUCCCUCAAGGGCUUUCCCCCAGCCCGGAACCAUGUCAAGGCCCACAACUCAGGAUCCAUAUUCCCAACCCUCAGGACCAUCUCGCUCCAAUCCAGACCCUUAUGCUCAGCCUCCUGGAACUCCCCGACCCCCCACGAUUGAUCCAUAUAGUCAGCAGCCACCAACCCCAAGGCCACCGGCACAAGCAGAUUUGUUCGUCACACCUGCAGUGAGUCAGAGGCACUCUGACCCGUACGCUCAUGCUCCUGGGACACCGAGACCUGGUACCUCUGUGUUUUACUCUCAGCCACCAGCAGCACCGAGGCCGAGGGUUUCAGAGGGGUUUGCUCGGUCCUCCGUGACAAGACCUGUCCUCAUGCCGGGCCAGGAUGCAUUCCUGCAGGCAGCACAGAGUCGAGGCACAACCUUACCCGGCCCUGUGGCGAGGACACCCGAUGCCUGUGCCCAAACACCUGGCCCGCCGGGACCUGGCCUUGGAGACACCUUCAGCCGUGUCUCCCCGUCGGCUGCUCGAGAUCCCUACGACCAGCCCCCGAUGACUCCGAGGCCUCAGGCUGACGCGUUUGGAGCAGGUCAAGUGGCUCCUGAUGCUGUCGAUCAGCCCCGGCCGGGGUCCGAGGGGAACUUCAGUGCACCUUCAAACACCUCCAUGAAUUCUCAAGGCCAGCAGUUCUCCGGUGUCUCCCAACUUCCUGGCCCAGUACCAACCUCGGGUGUCACUGACACACACAACACUGUCAAUAUGUCUCAAGCAGAUGCAGAUAAGUUGAGACAGCGGCAGAAGUUACGUGAAAUCAUUCUGCAGCAGCAACAGCAGAAGAAGAUGGCAAGUCGACAGGAGAAAGGGCCCCAGGAUCCAGCUGCAGGGCCUCACCCCGGCCCCCUGCAGCACUGGCAGCCAGAGAGCGUCAGCCAGGCUUUCUCCAGGCCUCCGCCCCCCUAUCCUGGGAGCACCAGGUCACCUGCUGUCCCUCCACUAGGACCUAGAUAUGCUGUCUUCCCAAAGGGCCCACGUGGACCCUACCCUCCCGAUGUUGCUGGUGUGGGGAUGAGACCUCAUGGAUUUAGAUUUGGAUAUCCAGGAGGUAGUCAUGGUACCCUGUCGGGUCAGGAACGCUUCCUCCUGCCGCCUCAGCAAAUGCAAGCACCUGGAGUUCCCCCACAGCUGAGAAGGUCAAUGUCUGUGGACACCCCCAGGCCUUUAAGUAACUCGCAAGUGAAUAACCCAGUGGGUCUUGCUCCGCAUUUCCCACCCCAGGGUCUGCCGGUCCAGCAGCAUAACCUACUGGGCCAUGCGUUCAUCGAGCUGCGGCACAGGGCCCCGGACGGACGGCCGCGGCUGCCCUUCUCUGCCUCUCCCGGCAACGUUCUAGAGGCACCUGCUCACCCGCGACAUGGGAACUUCAUUCCCCGGCCAGACUUUCCCGGCCCCAGACACACAGACCCCAUGCGACGCCCUCCCCAUGGUCUACCCAGUCAGCUGCCUGUGCAUCCAAAUUUGGAACAGGUGCCACCCUCUCAGCCAGAGCAAGGCCAUCCUGUCCAUGCACCUUCUAUGGUCAUGAGGUCCCUGAGUCAUCCCUUAGGUGGAGAGUUUUCAGAGGCCCCUUUGUCAUCGUCCGCACCAGUUGAAACGCCGUCAGAUAAUUUACAGGUCACUGCCCAGUCUUCUGAUGGUCUUGAAGAAAAACUCGAUUCUGAUGACCCAUCUGUGAAAGAGCUGGACGUUAAAGACCUCGAGGGGGUUGAGGUCAAAGACUUGGAUGAUGAAGACCUUGAGAAUUUAAAUCUGGAUACGGAGGAUGGCAAGGGAGACGAAUUGGACACUUUAGGUAAUUUGGAAACUAAUGACCCCAACCUGGACUACUUCUUAAGGUCAGGGAAAUUUGAUAUCAUUGCUUACACAGACCCAGAACUUGACCUUGUAGAUAAGAAAAGCGUGUUUAAUGAGGAGCUAGACCUUAACGUCCCCAUUGAAGACAAGUUAGAUAGUCAGUGUGUAUCUGCUGAACCAAAAAAAAAGCAAGAAGAGAAAACUGUGGUUUCUCCUGAUAAACAUUCCCCAUGGAAGAAAUCCUCUGUUACCAGUGAGAUAAAAACAGAAGUACUGUCUCCAGAUUCCAAAGGGGAAGCCAGGUGUGAAGGGGAGAGGAGCAGCGAGGGUCAAGACCAUGCCGACACUCCCUGCUCCCAGGCUGCCGCUCACGCAGAUGGGCCGGGCGUCGACGCCGACCCGCCUGACCAGAGGGCUCACCGCGAGGCCGCCGGCCCCAGCUCAGGGGCUGCUCACGGAUCCGCGCCCCCGCCCGCCGACCACGCAGCCAACUCCUGCAGUGUAACUGCCUCGACUCCAGUUCUUUCUAGUUUACUUGCUAAUGAAAAACCGGAUACUGCAGACAUGAGGCCAUUGGGGUCUCCGGCUCCAACGCUGCCAGCUUCGCCACCCAGUCACAUGCCAGGUUUGCCACCUCCUAUGGUGACACCGCCUGGCCAUGUUUUGGAUAACACCGUGAAUUCUAACGUGACGGGUGUUCCUCGGGUAAACCAUGCUUUUCCUCAGGGCGUGCAGGUGAAUCCGGGAUUUCUCCAGGGUCAGGCAGCAGUUAAUCAUGGUUUCGGGACAGGAAAACCUGCAAAUCAAACUGUGCCUCUGCCCGGUCAGUCUGGGGCUGGUGGCUUGUCUGGGCCCCAGCCGUUGAUGGUCCCUCCAACACUCGCCCAGCAGGGCAGAGAGAGGCCCCUCCUCCUUGAGGAACAGCCUCUGCUUCUGCAGGACCUUCUGGACCAAGAGAGGCAGGAGCAGCAGCAGCAGAGGCAGAUGCAGGCCAUGAUCCGGCAGCGCUCGGACCCCUUCUUCCCCAACAUCGAUUUUGAUGCAAUCACAGAUCCUAUCAUGAAAGCCAAAAUGGUGGCCCUUAAAGGCAUCAAUAAAGUAAUGGCACAGAACAACAUGGGCAUGCCACCAAUGGUCAUGAACAGGUUCCCCUUCAUGGGCCAGUCGGUGACUGGAGCGCAGACGGGUGACGGCCAGACUCUCCUGCCACAGGCCAUUCCUCAGGAUGGCAGUAUAACACAUCAGCUUUCUAGGCCUAAUCCUCCAAAUUUUGGUCCAGGCUUUGUCAAUGACUCGCAGCGUAAGCAGUACGAGGAGUGGCUGCAGGAGACCCAGCAGCUGCUCCAGAUGCAGCAGAAAUACCUCGAAGAGCAGAUCGGCGCGCACAGGAAAUCCAAGAAGGCACUCUCCGCCAAGCAGCGCACCGCCAAGAAGGCCGGGCGCGAGUUCCCCGAGGAGGACGCCGAGCAGCUGAAGCACGUCACCGAGCAGCAGAGCAUGGUCCAGAAGCAGCUGGAGCAGAUCCGGAAGCAGCAGAAGGAGCAUGCCGAGCUGAUGGAGGACUACCGGAUCAAGCAGCAGCAGCAGCAGCAGCAGCAGUGUGCAAUGGCCCCACCCACCGUCAUGCCCAGGGUGCCGCCCCAGCCAACUCUCCUGCCUGGAGCUGCCCCGCCCACCAUGGGCCAGCCUGGUUUCCCCCUGGUGGCCCAGCCUCUGCAGCAUACAGCUGUCAUUCCCGGCCACACCACUCCCGCGCGGAUGCCCAGCUUGCCUGGGUGGCAGCCGCCUAGCGCCUCUGCUCACCUCCCCCUCAACCCUCCUCGGAUCCAGCCUCCAGUUGCCCAGUUACCAAUGAAAACUUGCACACCAGCCCCAGGGGCAAUGCCCAGUGCAAGUCCGCAGAGUGGCCCACCUCCACGCGUGGAGUUUGAUGACAACAACCCCUUCAGCGAAAGUUUUCAAGAACGGGAACGGAAGGAGCGUCUCCGGGAGCAGCAGGAGAGACAGCGAAUCCAGCUGAUGCAGGAGGUGGACCGGCAGAGAGCGCUGCAGCAGAGGAUGGAGCUGGAGCAGCACGGCCUGCCCGGCCCUGAGCUGAGCGCAAGGCCGGCCGCGCCCCAAGUCCCCUUCUACAGCCCCGACCUGCCUUGUGACUUCAUGCAGCCCCCGCGGCCACUGCAGCAGUCUCCUCAGCACCAACAGCAGGUGGGCCAGGUUCUGCCGCCACAGGGCCUGCAACAAGGGCCUAUUAACUCACCCCCCACCCCAACGUUCAUGCAGACCGGCGAGCGAAGACAGAUAGGACCCCCCUCAUUUGUCCCCGAUUCGCCAUCGAUUCCUGGCGGGAGCCCGACCUUCCACCCCGGGAAGCAGGCACACGGCGGGCUCCCCGGGGCCGGCUUCCAGCAGCCCCCCGUGAGGCCGCCUUUCUCGCCUGCCUUGCCCGCGGCACCACUAGGAGCCAGCAGUGGUCUCCCCUGUGGCCAGGACCCCGGCAUCACCCACGGCCACGGGUACCCCGGAGCGGCGCCGCCCCUUCUCCCGCUGUACCCGGACGUUGCGCAGGAGGAGAGGGGCAGGAGGAGGAGAACACGGAAAAAGAAGAAGGAAGACGACUCGGAGCCCGCAGCACCGCCCACGCCGCCCUCGGACACGGCCGCCCCGCCAACCCCAAGUGUCUCCGAGACUGCCUCCACGCCCACAGGGCACACGCCCGGGGCGCUUCCCCCACAGGGAGAACCUGAGCCGGUGGGAGCAGGUGGCCCAUCGGCUCCUGGCCUGGCUGCGGCCCAGCAGCACGCGGACCUGGAGAGCAGCCUGCCCCCCGGCGAGCCCUCCCGAGGGUCGGCACAUGCGCACGCGUGCGCCCCGGCAGAGGCCGACAGGAGGCCCGUGGACACCCCUGCCUCCGCCGAGGAGGUCACCCCAGAGAUGGCCGAGCCCGAGCGGUCCCUGGGCUGUGAGGGGCCUCCCUCAGAGGGACAGGCUGGGGGACAGGCUGCAGACACGGCCGUGGUCUGUCCCGUCUCCUCGGGACAGAGCCCUCCCCACCCUGCCGGGGCACCUGCUGCCAAAGGAGAUUCGGGCAACGAGCUGUUGAAGCACCUACUGAAAAACAAGAAGGCCACCGCCCUUGCGACCCAGAAACCUGAGGGCGCUGUUUGCCCAGGAGAGGACGGCACGAGGGACAGCGAGCCGGCCGAGAGGCAGAACCCCGCCGAAGGGCCGCAACCUCUGGGGGCACACGUGCAAGGUGGCUUCGGUUGUGGCAACAACCCGUUGCCAAAAGCAGGAGGAGGUGAAACCAAGAAACCACGAAGCAAACGGACCCAGAGGACGGGGGAGAAGGCAGCCCCUCGCUCGAAGAAACGGAGGAAGGAGGAGGAGAAGCACGCCGCGGACUCGGCCAGCGACACCUUUACCCACCUGAAGCAGCAGCUCUCUCUGCUCCCUCUAAUGGAACCAAUCAUUGGAGUGAACUUUGCGCACUUUCUUCCUUAUGGCAGUGGCCAGUUUAAUAGUGGGAAUCGACUUCUAGGAACUUUUGGCAGUGCCACCCUUGACGGGGUUUCGGAUUACUAUUCUCAGUUGAUCCACAAGCAGAAUAAUUUAAGUAAUCCUCCAACACCCCCUGCCUCUCUUCCUCCUACACCACCUCCUGUGGCCUGUCAGAAGAUGGCAAACGGCUUUGCAACGACUGAGGAGCUUGCUGGGAAAGCCGGAGUGUUGGGGAGCCACGAAGUUACCAAAAGUCUGGGACCUAAACCAUUUCCGCUGCCGUUCCGGCCCCAGGACGACCUGUUGGCCAGAGCCCUAGCUCAGGGCCCCAAGACCGUCGACGUCCCGGCGUCACUGCCGACUCCACCUCACAAUAACCAGGAGGAGUUAAGGGUGCAGGACCACGGUGCUGAACGGGACACUCCUGACAGCUUCGUUCCCUCGUCCUCUCCCGAGAGUGUGGUGGGGACAGAAGUGAGCAGAUACCCAGAUUUGUCGUUGGUCAAAGAGGAGCCUCCGGAGCCUGUGCCAUCCCCCAUCAUUCCCAUUCUUCCCAGCACUGCCGGGAAAGGUUCAGAGUCCAGACGGAAUGACAUCAAAUCUGAGCCAGGCACUUUCUUGUUUUCGCCACCUUUUGGUUCCUCCCCCAAUGGCCCCAGGUCGGGUCUCAUAUCUGUGGCCAUCACUCUGCACCCCACAGCUGCUGAGAACAUCAGCAGCGUGGUGGCUGCCUUCUCCGACCUCCUUCACGUCCGAAUUCCUAACAGCUACGAGGUUAGUAAUGCUCCAGACGUUCCAUCCGUGGGUUUGGUCAAUAGCCACAGAGUAAACCCAGGUUUGGAGUAUCGACAGCAUUUAUUUCUUCGUGGGCCUCCACCAGGAUCUGCGAACCCUCCCAGACUCGCAGGCUCCUACCGGCUGAAGCCGCCCAAUGUCCCGUUUCCGCCAACAAGCAACGGUCUCUCUGGAUACAAGGACUCCGGUCAUGGAGUGGCAGAGGGCGCGGCACUCAGGACACAGUGGUGCUGCCACUGCAAGGUGGUCGUUCUCGGCAGCGGUGUGCGCAAGUCCCUCCGAGACCUGGCCUUUAUGAGCAAGGACUCCCGCGAGGGCUCUGGCCGAGUGCAGAAGGACAUUGUCUUCUGUAGUAAUAACUGCUUCAUUCUGUACUCAUCGACCGCACAGGCAAAAAUCUCAGAAAGCAAGGAGCCCCCCCUCCCUUCGUUGCCACAGUCGCCCAUGAAGGAGGCGCCUUCCAGAGCAUCCCACCAGUACAACAACAACAUCUCCACACUGGACGUGCACUGCCUGCCGCAGCUCCAGGAGAAGGCGUCUCCCCCGGCCUCGCCGCCCAUCACCUUCCCUCCUGCCUUUGAAGCAGCCAAAGUCGAGGCCAAGCCAGACGAGCUCAAGGUAACGGUCAAGUUGAAGCCCCGGCUGAGAACUGUCCACGGCGGGUUCGAGGACUGCCGGCCGCUAGCUAAGAAGUGGCGAGGGAUGAAGUGGAAGAAGUGGAGCAUCCACAUCGUGAUCCCCAAGGGCACAUUCAAGCCGCCCUGCGAGGACGAGAUUGACGAGUUUCUGAAGAGGCUGGGCACCUCCCUGAGGCCGGACCCCGUGCCCAGAGACUCCCGGAAAUGUUGUUUCUGCCACGAGGAGGGCGACGGCCUGACGGACGGGCCGGCGCGACUGCUCAACCUGGACCUGGACCUGUGGGUCCACCUGAACUGUGCUCUGUGGUCCACAGAGGUCUAUGAGACCCAGGCCGGUGCCUUGAUCAAUGUGGAGCUGGCCCUGCGGCGAGGCCUGCACAUGAAGUGCGUCUUCUGUCAUAAGAUGGGCGCCACCAGCGGGUGCCACCGGCUGCGGUGCACUAACGUUUAUCACUUCACCUGCGCCAUGAAAGCACAAUGCAUGUUUUUUAAGGAUAAGACCAUGCUUUGCCCCAUGCACAAACCAAAGGGAAUCCACGAGCAGGAACUGAGCUACUUCGCCGUCUUCCGGAGGGUCUACGUGCAGCGGGACGAGGUGCGGCAGAUCGCCAGCAUCGUGCAGCGCGGCGAGCGCGACCACACCUUCCGCGUCGGGAGCCUCAUCUUCCACGCCAUCGGCCAGCUGCUCCCGCAGCAGAUGCAGGCCUUCCACUCGCCCAAGGCGCUCUUCCCCGUGGGCUACGAGGCCAGCCGGCUGUACUGGAGCACGCGCUACGCCAACCGGCGCUGCCGCUACCUGUGCUCCAUCGAGGAGAAGGCGGGGCGGCCCGUGUUCGUCAUCAGGGUUGUGGAGCAGGGCCACGAGGACCUCGUGCUGAGCGACAGCUCGCCCAAGGGUGUUUGGGAUAAGAUUCUGGAGCCUGUGGCAUGUGUGAGAAAACAGUCUGAAAUGCUGCAGCUUUUCCCCGCCUAUCUGAAAGGAGAGGAUCUGUUUGGCCUGACUGUGUCUGCAGUGGCUCGGAUCGCGGAAUCACUCCCUGGGGUUGAGGCGUGUGAGAACUACACCUUCCGCUAUGGCCGGAAUCCGCUCAUGGAACUUCCUCUUGCCGUUAACCCCACAGGUUGUGCCCGUUCUGAACCUAAAAUGAGUGCCCAUGUCAAGAGGUUUGUGUUAAGGCCUCACACCUUGAACAGCACCAGCACCUCCAAGUCCUUCCAGAGCACAGUCACUGGGGAGCUGAAUGCCCCCUACAGCAAACAGUUCGUCCACUCCAAGUCGUCACAGUACCGGAAGAUGAAGACCGAGUGGAAGUCCAACGUGUACCUCGCCCGGUCUCGGAUCCAGGGGCUGGGCCUUUACGCUGCUAGAGACAUCGAGAAGCACACCAUGGUCAUCGAGUACAUUGGGACCAUCAUUCGAAAUGAAGUCGCAAACAGAAAAGAGAAACUUUAUGAGUCUCAGAACCGGGGCGUGUACAUGUUCCGCAUGGAUAAUGACCACGUGAUCGAUGCCACGCUCACAGGAGGGCCUGCAAGGUACAUCAACCAUUCGUGUGCACCCAACUGCGUGGCUGAAGUGGUGACUUUUGAGAGAGGACACAAAAUUAUCAUCAGCUCCAGCCGGAGAAUCCAGAAAGGAGAAGAGCUGUGCUACGACUACAAGUUCGACUUCGAGGACGACCAGCACAAGAUCCCGUGUCACUGUGGGGCUGUGAACUGCCGCAAGUGGAUGAACUGAAGCAUUCCGGCCGUCUCGGCGGCGGCUUGUCCCUGGGAAGAAGCGAGUCAGCGCACCGCGUGGUUCGGCGGCAGGACGGUGUUUUGUUCCGUUUCCCGCCUCUGGAACCCAGCCUCUGGGAGUUCUGGUCCCCUCAGCCCUCGGGUGCAGCGCAGCGGGCGGGCGGCUUUCCUGGGCGCCGGAGGCUCCGGGACCAGGAGCGGUCAGCACUUUUUCUUUCCUUCCCUCUUUCUUCUGUGGGUGGGUUUUGUUCUGUUCUGUUGUUUUGUUCUCACUGAGGAGAAACUUUCACUGGGGCAAAGAGCCAAUGGCUGCCCUGCCCCGGGCAGGGGCCUUCCUAUGAAUGUAAGACUGAAAUCACCAGCGAAAGGGACGCGUCCAAAGUGCUGGCCACGGCCUUAUCUGAAAAAGGGGCAGGCCCUCUAUUUAAAGUUUUUUAAGUAAGUAGACACCACUGAACAAGGAAUGUACUGAGAUGACCUCCUUAGGGAUAGGCUAAGGGAUAACUUGCACUAAAUACAUUUAAAUACUUGAUUCCAUGAGUCAGUUUAUUGUAGUUUUUGAUUUCUGUAAAAUAAGAGAAACUUUUUGUAUUUAUUAUUGAAUAAGUGAAUGAAGCUAUUUUUAAAUAAAAGUUAGAAGAGAGCCAAGCUGCUGCUGUUACCUGCAGAACUAACAGACCCUGUUACUUUGUACAAUUAUGUAAAUAUUUUGAGAAAAAAAUACAGUAUAAAAAUAGUUAUUGACCAAAUGCUACCAGGCUCCGCAGCAGCUCGGGUGCUUAUAAAAUGUUCUUAGGGAUGUUUCAAUAUAAUUUUUGUGUUAUUAAAUACGCCAUUAUAAUUAUGUAAUAACCAAAAUUUUGACCUAGAGUGUUUGGGGGUUUUUGGAAACUACGGUCAGUUAGUACUUAACGUUUUAUACACCUUCUGACAGAACGCGUGUAUACCACGACUAAACUUUUAUAGCCGUUUUGGUAAUUUAAACUAAUUUUUCAUAUUAUAUUGUUGCAUCCCUACUUCCUCAGUCAGGUUUUUUUGUGCUUACAAUUUGUGAUAACUGUGAAUAACUGCUUAAAAAGACACCCAAUGGAGGCUGAAUUUUCUUCAGCAGAAGUAGUUUUGAUUAGAACUUUGUUUCCGGCCACAGAGAAUCAUUUACACGUGCUAGGAUCAUGUCGCAGGAACUCGGGUCUAACUCUCUAGCCUUCUAUUUAACACAAAAAUUUGAAAAAGAAAAAAAAAAAAGGAGAGGCGUGAUCGUGGGCUGCAGGACUCCAGCAAAGGGUUUCGGAAGAUGUAAUUUUAAAAUGUGUUUGUAUGAACUGUUUGUUUACAUUUCUUUAAUAAAAAAAAAACAAAAAAACACUGUUUUGUGUUUGCUUGUAGAAACUUAAUCAGCAUUUUGAACCAGGUUAGCUUUUUAUUUUGUACUUAAAAUUCUGGUACUGACACUUCGCAGGCUGAGUAAAUGAAGUUUCGUGUGCACAAUGCAAGUCAGCUGUCGGCUGUCGGUCUGUCCAGUGAGCAGCUCUGGACUUCAGUGUAUAUGGCAUGAUGUAUUUUUAUCUUACAGAGUAAAUCAACUGUAUAUAUUUUUCUCUUGAUAAAUAGCUGUAUGAAAUCUGUUUCUUGACUAUUUUUCUCCUCUUGUACAAUAUUCUGACAUCCUACCAGUAUUUGUCCUACCGGGUUUUUGUUUUGUUUUCUGUUCUGUAUAAUAGUAUCUAAUGUUGACAAAAAUUGAAUUUUUUGAAGUAUACAGAGUGUUAUGGGUUUUGGAAUUUGUGGACACAGAUUUAGAAGAUCACCAUUUACAAAUAAAAUAUUUUACAUCUAUAAAA